GGCGGCCCCUGGAACUCCAGGGUGUUCGGUACUGAAAGAUGUCGUGGCCUAUGUUGAAGUGUGGUCAUCCAAUGGAACAGAAAAUUAUUCAAAGACAUUUACAAACCAACUUAUAGACAUGGGGGCAAAGGUCUCAAAAACUUUUAACAAACAGGUAACUCAUGUUGUGUUCAAAGAUGGUUAUCAGAGCACUUGGGACAAAGCUCAGCAGAGAGAUGUAAAGCUUGUCUCAGUGCUAUGGGUUGAAAAAUGCAGGACAGCUGGAGUACACGUUGAUGAAUCAUUGUUCCCUGCAGCUAAUACUAAUGAACGUUUACCAAGUCUAAUUAAAAAAAAACGUAAGUGUAUGCAGCCCAAAGAUUUUAUUUUUAAGACACCAGUAAAUGACAAAAGAUGUCAGAAGAAAUUUGAGAAAAUGGCUGAAGAGCUACAAAGGCAAAAAACAACUCUAGGUAGUGAUGUACCUGUUCUUUUAUUUGAAUCUAAUGGUUCAUUAAUAUAUAGUCCCCCAAGUAACAGUAGUAGUCACCACAGCACAAUGGAGAAGAGAUUACAACAGAUAAAAGAGAAAAGCGAAAAUCUUCCUCCUACCCCCUCCCAAAUAAUCAUACACCCUCACGAUAAUCCACUCUCUGUGUGUAACUCUCCGUGUGAUGCAUCUUUGAACACUUCACAUGCUCCUUUGGGUUCAGAUGAAUCCUUUGCUGAUGGUUUACAUUCAUCUUUUGAUGCUCUUUGUGGAAACUCAGUUUGUGGAAAUCAAGAAAGGAAAUUGGGAGGAUCCAUUAAUGAAAUUAAAAGUGAUAUGUGUGUUUCUUCACUUGUACUGAAAGCAGAUUUUAUUAAUUCAUCAGCAUCUUCCAGUUACCUCAGCCAAUUAAGUCCUCAGAAAUUGAUGAGUAAUUUUUCCAAGAAAGAAAGAAAUUGGCAGAGACAUACUGUUGGUGAAAUAGUCACCCCUGAUAGACAGCAAGCUGAAGAGGUCCCUAGACAGACGUUUCAUGAGAAGUACAGUUUGUCUCCUACAUUAUCUUUGAAGAAAGGCCAACCUUUGGUACAUUCACCAAUUCCCAGGAGUUCCUCAGUAAAGAGAAAAAGAGCAUCAGAGGAUUUACAUUCAAUUCCAAAAGAAAAACUAAAAAGAAAGAGAUCUACCAGGAGAUCCAUCAUGGCAGGGCUGCAGCUGUGUCAGUUGGAAAGCAGCCUGCCGCUCACGACCAGAUCUGCAGCAGAGACUCUUGAUUACUGGGAGUCCUCCUACGAUGAUUAUUUUUCACCUGAUAAUCUUAAGGAAAGAAAUUCAGAGAGUCUUUCUCAGUCCCAGCCACCAUCAAGCCCUGCUCUUUUCAGCUGCAAAAGUCUUUCUAAGAGGGAGAGAACAAGCAUAUUAGAAAUGUCUGAUUUUUCCUGUCUUGGCAAAAAAACCACAUCGGCCAGUAUUACUGAUUUAAUAGCAAAACCCAGCUCCAAUCUGCAGAAAACUACAAAUGACGAAAAUGGUACAACUUCAAGUUGCACUACAUCUGAGGAAACAUCUAUCACUAAGGAAGCUCCAGUGUGUUACAGACAGGCUGGCCCACAGGGAGGAGACACCUGCCAAGGUGGACAUAGCUUUUCCUGUGCCACUGAUGACCCUGUUCAUCUAGACGGACCUCAUGGAGAUUUAACUUCUUUGAAAGAAAGGUAUAAUGAAAUGAAUGAAGUGGUUGAUAUAAAAAGCACACAGAAAGAGGGUGCCACGUCCAAAAUGUUGAACUCUUCUGAAGGUGAAGCACAAAAUAACUAUAGACUAUAUUUUGUACAUGACUGUAAUGUGGAAAAAUUUAUGGAAGAGAAAGAAGACUUAGCCUGAAGUUAUAGUGAAUAUAUAUGAAUCUCUUUUUCCAAGUAUCUUUAUUAAAUGAAUGUGUAAUACUGUAGCCAUAUUUUAAAUUUAUCACAACUUUUUUAUAAUUUAAAUUACUUCACCCUUUUAAAGAUUCUAUGUUGGGUAUUUUCCAAUGAUAAAUUCUUUAGGAAUAGAUGACUUGCCGCCCUGUGGAAUCUUUAGGCUUUAUUGGUCAAAUCUGUUGUUAGGAACACAUUUCUCCCAAGUUUUUCCCCCCUUAGAAAUCCAAAGAGUGAGUAAAACCUAGUAUGGAUAAUUGACUUGGAGUGAAUCCUUUGUCCUUGUCCCAUUUUAGCCUCUUACUAUAUAUUGUAUAUGUCUCACUACAACAUAAGUAUUGUAGAAAGAGGAAUACUAAUAGAAAGUUUAAAAAAAAAAAAGGCUGUUUAAAG